UCAAAUUCAAAUACAAAUCAAAUCAAAUCCCAAAUUCUUCUUCCCAUUUACGAAUUUCAAUUUCACAAUGCCUUCUUCCACCACCGUAAUUCUCUCUAACUCCACCGUGUUUCCUGAUCGGAAAUCCGCCAUUAAAAAACUUAAGCUCUCUAUUUCCGACCUUCCGAUGCUUUCUUGCCACUAUAUACAGAAAGGCGUUCUUCUAACCUCUCCGCCUUCUUCCUUUUCCGAUCUUAUUUUCUCUCUCAAACGCUCUCUCUCCGCCGCUCUUUCUCACUUUCCUGCCCUCGCUGGCCGCUUCACUACCGACCACGACGGAGCUGUUUACCUAAUCUGUAAUGACGCCGGCGUCGAUUUCAUUGAGGCUAAGGCCAAACACCUUUCGAUCGACUCUGUUCUCUCUCCUCUUGAUGUUCCGAUUUGCUUCAAGAGCUUCUUCGCCUUCGAUAAAACUUUGAGUUAUUCAGGACAUUAUAAGCCUUUGGCGGCGGUGCAAGUCACCGAGCUUGCCGACGGUGUCUUCGUCGGAUGCAUCGUAAACCACGCCGUUGUUGACGGAACUUCGUUCUGGCAUUUUUUCAAUACAUUUGCAGAGAUUAAUUUAGGAAAGGGGAAAAUCUCUAACUCGCCGGAUUUUGACCGUAACACGGCGUUUAACUCGCCGGCGGUGUUGAAUUUCCCGGCCGGCGGUCCGAAGGAGACAUUCGACGGGAAUUCGCGGCUGAGGGAGAGGAUUUUUCAUUUUAGCAGAGAAGCGAUUUCGAGGCUAAAACACAGAGCGAACGGAGGGAAUAUGAGUAACGGAAAUUGCGACGCCGUUGAGACUCUCGGCAAGCAAUUGAAUGACGGUUGGAAAAUCGUUAACGGAAAACAGAACGACGACGUUUCCGGUGGGAAAUUGAAAAUAUCCUCUUUCCAAUCUCUCAGUGCUCAGUUAUGGCGUUCGGUGACUAAAGCGAGGAAACUAAACGCAGCGAAAACGACGACGUUUCGAAUGGCCGUGAACUGCCGCCAUCGUCUGCAGCCGCCGAUGCCGUCGCUUUACUUCGGAAACGCUAUACAGAGCAUCCCGACCGUCGCUUUGGUCGGCGAGCUUCUGUCUGAAGACUUGGGUUGGUGCAGCGCUUUGCUCCACCGUAACGUGGUGGCUCACGACGACGCAACCGUGCGUCGUGGCAUCGCCGAUUGGGAGAGGAGCCCACGGUUGUUUCCGCUCGGGAACUCCGAUGGUGCAUCGGUGACAAUGGGAAGCUCGCCGAGAUUCCCAAUGUACAACAAUGAUUUCGGAUGGGGCCGUCCGGUAGCCAUACGAAGCGGCGGUGCGAACAAGUUCGACGGUAAGAUCUCAGCAUUUCCUGGUCGGGAAGGGAAUGGAAGUGUGGAUUUAGAGGUGGUUUUGGCGCCGGAAACAAUGGCGGGUCUUGAAACUGACCCAGAGUUCAUGCAAUAUGUAUCGGUUCCGAUGUAAAAAGUUAGAAUUGAAAGCUCUUGUUGCUCCCAACUUCAUACCUACGGGAGUAAAGAUAUUUUUGAGAUAGUAUUAGUAAAGCAUUAUUACUCUUAA